ACGAAUCAACAAAGAGACGGUAGGAGGCAGGGCGGGAAAAAGAAAUUGAGAAUGAGAGCGAGAGAGGCGCGCAGAAACGCACACACACACACACACACACACACACACACACACACACACACACUUUGAGUGAGAGAGAAGGAGGUAGUCUAAUGGGUGAUUCUGUGUCGAUGUCUUCCGGUGCAGCUGUUGAGGAUGGCGUCAUUGAGGAUGUAGAUUGGGCUGUGUCGAUGUCUUCCGGUGCAGCUGUUGAGGAUGGCAUCAUUGAGGAUGUAGAUUGGGCAAAUUUGGCGCCCGAUGCGCUGGUUGAGAUCUUCACCUACCUACCUAUCCAAUAUCGAUUUCGCAUUGGAAGCGUUUGCAAGAGCUGGCGAAGGGAAUCGUUAAACCCGGUUGUCUGGAAAUCCUGUACGAUGAGUGAUGUCAGCGACCUCAGCAAACGUUAUGAUGUCAAUGAGCAGGCCGUAAUGGAUUCGAUCCUUCGCAGUCGUAGUGAGCUCAUCAGUCUGGCGAUCGAGUCUUGUCCCCAUUCCAUUCUAGGGUUCAUCGGAAAUCACUGCCCGCAGCUCUUAUCUCUCAAACUCCGUCGAUGUAGCACGAACGUCACUAGUACCUGUAGGAGUCCCCUCCAGAAUGCCGAGGCGUUGGUCCACGGAUGUCCUCUCCUUCGAUCGAUCGAGUUUUUCCUCUCAGACUGCUGCGACCUCCUCUUCACGACCUUCGCUGUGACACCUUUUGUCAACAUGCUUGCAAUAAAUCUCCCAAACUUGGUGUCAUUUGUUCUCGAAAUGGAGUUUCGCAGCGUCGGGGAUAGGGAUGUGGAGAUCAUUGUGGAUAACAUGACGAGACUAGAGGUCCUGGGACUUAGUCGAUCAGGCAUCACAGAUUCCAGCUUAGGUCUGAUUGGGUCAGCGUUACUGAGCUUAAGGUCGUUAACCGUGGAUCAUUGUUUAUGGUUGACGUCAGAAGCUGUGAUGACCUUGCGUUCCAAUCGCAAAGAACUCUACGUGUCAUCCAAAGGGGUCCGGGGAAAAGACCAUUGUUGGUACGAAGCCGAUGUUGUGGACGAUUGGGACGAACAAGCCCAUCUCUUCACAGGGUGAGACUAACUACCGUAGUGGGACUGAGUUCAGCUCAGCUCAGCUCAGCUCAGCUCAGCUCAGCUCAGGUGAGAUGGUCAGGAAGCUUGCCCUUCGUGA